AUGGCUAUCAAGUCAAUCGAUGUUUUCCUGCAGCACACAGGAGUGUUUGCUCGAGCGCGGUCCAGCCAGUCGAGCCGGGAUGCCAACCUGAAGCUCGCCUUGGGAGAAAGAGCCAUGGCAAAUGAAGAGCUGUUGCAGAAGCUGCGGCGGCGGCGCCUUCUCAUGGGCGAGGAUAUGCCGACUGUCGGCCAGUCUAGCCAUGCGCCCCGGGAGAAGAAGGAGCUCCAAGGUGAUCUCGAUCUUAAGCUCAGGCGCCAGAACAUGGGCGAGAUGGACCGGAAGACGGCGCAGCCACGGACCAUCGACACCCAUGACGUCAAGGUAAAGCAACGUGCGUUGAAGUUUCAAAGCGACAGCCGUCAGCCAUCAUGUGGCCAGCCUGGGCGAGUCCAUCUUCGUGGCUGGGAGGAGAGGAGACACAUGCCAGAAGCAGAAAGCACUGAGCAGGGCGCUGCCUUGCCCAAGACAGACCUGGGGGAAGACGGUGCAGAAGGGAGCUUGACGAUCAAUGAAGUCCCAAAGAGGGAAGUCCGCCUGGACAUGCCGGACACGGGCGCGCUCCGUUCUGAACCAGAACAGCCUGGAGCACAGGGCCUGAGCGCUCCGCCAGAUCAGAUGGAGAGCUCCGCAACAGAUGGUUGCCUGGGGAGCUUAUCCAGUGGCACCCCUUGCCCGGAGGACCAGACAAGCGAAACCGCAAAGCCUGCGGCAGAAGCUGAAUGCUUUUUCAUGUGGGAUAGCGAUGAUGACACGUGCUCUACUUAUGAUGAGUGCGCGCCGACAGAGAAGAAAGAGGCCGAGGAGCCCUUGGAAUUUUCCAUGCUCGACUACCUGGCAGCGCUUCCUGAGGGAGUGGCUGAGAAGCUUCACAACUGCCUCAAGACACAUGAGGAUCUUGUGAGAAGACUCUGCCAAAGAAACGACUUGCUUCGCGCCCACAUCAGAAAUCUGCGCCGCGAUGCAACAGAGGCCAAAGCCUCGCCCAAGUGCCAGAAGCCAAUCUCCAGAUCGCCGCAGUCCUCCCAGGCCGUCGCGGAAGCGCGACGCAAGCGUCAGCUGAAGGCCGAGAUGACGGCCAAGGUGGAAGCCAUGAGCUCCGAGCGGCUGCGCCUUCGCGACGAGCAACAUGAGGCAAAUCUCCGUGCGCGCUUGCAGCGCACCAUCAGAGCUUCCAGAGAACGAGUGCAAACCAUGCAGAGGCGCGUGCAUCGCGAAGAGCAGCAGGUGAAGAGCCGCUUUGAGGCCGCCUUGCAGAACCGCGAAGGAAUGGAGCGGAGCAUCAAGGCUGCCUUGAAGGAGCAGAGCAUGGCCCGGCAUCGAAUUGCAGAGCUCGAGGAGUCGAUCAACUCGGAGGCAACGAGAUGUCGAACCAAAGAGAAGGAGCGCGACCAGCUUCUGGAAAAGCAGAACUCCCUGCGCAACGAAAUCAAGGCACAUCGCAGCAGGGCCAUGAAGCACCAGCAAAGGGAGCGCCGCAUUCAGGACAUGCAGCGUGAGGUUGAGGCCUUGGCCAAAGUCUACCAUUCUGAAAGUCCGAGGUGGACUUUGUAG